UUGGUUUACAAAAUAAAAUUGAGAGGCCCUUAGAUUGUAAGGGUCAGAGAAAGGGGGAAAAUAUUAGAAAAGAAAAGAAAGGGCCAAAUAGAGGAAGAAGUAAAAACUUAGGGGCGAGAGGGGGAACAUAAGGAGAAAAGGAAGAGCGAGUAAGGAAGCGGUUGGCUUGGUUGAGCCGCAAGUGGAACAAGACAUGAUGACUUGAGUAAUAAGUUGGCCGGAAUUGUACACGCACGCCACCCCAACAGUUAACGAAUGACCUAAAUUGAAAUCCGUACGGUUCAGUCGAUUUCGCAAAGCGCAAAAAAAAAAAAAAAAGCCUUGAGAGGUCUCGGCGGAUUCGACGAUGAAUAGCGUAUUUUUCCGGCGGGAUGUUUCUGUUACAGACGGAGCUUGGGUGGCCACCGCUGUUUCGAUUCUCUUAAUCUUUCUCUUUCGUAUCUUCAAAUUUCGAUUCUUUUCUUCUCCUUCUCCCUCCAUUGCCGACUCUGUUUCCCAUGCCCAAAUCCAAUCAAGGACACCUAGAGUUGUUUCUGAUGAUGAUUUGAAAUGGUUGAUCCAAAACUUGGAGGAACGCAAUGAGGCUGCUGAGAUGUGGGAACAUGUUAUUCACAAAACCAACAAUCGAAUUUCAUACUCUGCUAAACGCUGCAAGCCAACUGAUGGUGGUCCGAUGAAGUACUUAAGUGUGACUGUAUUUGAGGACUGCUCCGCUGAGGUGUUGAAGGACUUUUACAUGGACAAUGAUUACAGGAAGCAAUGGGAUAAGACUGUCGUUGAUCAUCACCAACUUCAGGUUGACAGUCAUACCGGAAUUGAGAUUGGUCGCACUCUCAAAAAAUUUCCUUUGUUGACAUCAAGGGAGUACGUCCUUGCUUGGAAGCUGUGGCACGGAAAUGACAACUUCUACUGUUUCACUAAGGAAUGUGAUCACGAUAUGGUACCGCGACAGAGGAAGUAUGUUCGUGUCAGUCACUUUAGAUCUGGUUGGCGGAUCAGGAGAGUUCCUGGAAGAAAUGCUUGUGAGAUCAAAAUGUUCCACCAGGAAAAUGCGGGGUUGAAUGUUGAGAUGGCCAAGCUCGCUUUCUCUAAAGGCAUAUGGAGUUACGUUUGUAAGAUGGACAAUGCGUUUCGUAAUUACGUUGCCAUCAGUCAUACACCUCAAGGCUCCGUUUUAUCUGCUCUCACCUUAAUCGCAAAGGUUCCAUCAGAGUUAGAAAGCCAGACAGUGGAUGUCACAGUCUCCAUGGGAACUAAUCGCGGUGAAGAAAUAUUGACUCAAGUAGCAAAACAGAAGAAGCUAUCGAGAAAGCCAUCGAAGAAACUCAUAGCAAAAGGUCUGGUUUUUGUGGGUGGUGCUGCUAUAUGUUUGUCACGUGGUCACUCAGCCUUAGGUGCUAAAGCAGCAUUGGCUUACCUCUUGACCAAACUGAACAAACGUGCAACUCCUCUGAAGCAGACCACCCAUAACACCAGUAUUUAAAGUAAGAAUCCCCCUUGUCAUUAGGGGUUUACAUUAAAGCUUUUUUGGUUUAUUUAUGACUCAAAACCACAUGAAUUCUGAUAGGUUUUGGUCUUACAAAUUGUUGUAUUUUUAGCUUCAAGAUAUGUAUUUUGUGUUCAUAUGGAUGUAAAAGUUUAUACAUUAAACAUUAAGAAUAUUGGCUCA